UUGGAUCUGACACCAAAGCUCUCCAAGAUGCCAAAAAUGAGCUCUUAUAAAGAAGACCUGGAGAUGGUCUAUUUGACUGUGCUUUUGUUUGGAGUCCUAGGAAACAUGGUCCUUCUUUAUCUACAUAGCCUGAAGUUCAUCACUGGUCACAGAAAAAGACCCAUUAGCUUGAUAAUCAUCAACUUGGCUUUAGCUCAUACCCUGAUGAUUAUUUUCAGAGGGAUCCCCAUAAUAGUAGACAUUUGGGGAUGGAGAUCUUUCCUAGGAGACAUAAUGGGCAAAAUCUUAACUUAUCUCACCAGAGUGACCCAGAGUCUUUCUCUUUGCAGCACCUGUCUCCUCAGUGUCUUCCAGGCCAUCACCAUCAGUCCCACCAGCCUUAAGUGGGCACAGGUUAAAACAAGAACCCAACAGUGUAUUCCUUCCUGCUGUAUCCUGAGCUGGACUUUCAGUCUUCUUCUUUAUACUGCUGUGCCUAUGACUUAUAGCAGUUCAAGGAACAGCAGUAAUGAAACAUGGAGGAUUGGGCAGAUUUCUUUUGACUUGCAAGCCACGAGCAUUAUAAAAAUUUUAAUUUGUGAGACAGUUGUUGAUGCUGUGUUUGUGGGUCUCAUGAUCUGCUCUAGUGGCUACAUGGUGUUUGUCCUGCACAGACACAGCCAGAAAGUCCAACACAUUCACAGCAUCUGCCUCUCCCCUAGAGCCUCCCCUGAGACCAGAGCCACCAAAGCCAUCCUGAUGCUGGCCGUCACCUUUGUCUGCUUUAACUCAGCCAGUUCCCCUUUCAUCAUUUAUACAGUUUCUGCUAGGGAAACCAGACACUGGGCGCUAUGUUUCACAAUUGCACUUUCCUUGUUUUAUCCAAUAGUCAGCCCUUUCAUGCUGAUCACCACUGACACUCAGAAGCCCAAGGCUUUUGCUACUCUCUUAUGUUUGAAGUGCUCCUUUCAAGAAGCACUCUCUAGUCAAGAAGUACUAAGGAAAAUGGAAAGAAAUGAGCAUAAAUUAGGAUGA